ACUCCACAGAGGUUUCAUGCACCAGAUUAUGUAUGGAAGAAGUAAACAACAUUUUCAAAACUGGAAACCAAAGCGACGCUAUCAUAGCCAUGGAGAACCUAGAACAGGUUCUAGAGGAAACCGAGUUGAAUGAGACUACAUGCUUGUCUGUCGGCAGUUUGGUGGCCAUGCUGCACAAACCCAAAGGCCCCUUCGAAGGACUUGAAAUUUUUGCCACUGAUAAUAAGGCAACGCUAAACAAGACUGUCACCAACAGCAGAGUGAGUGUUCGACUGCCGAGAGAGUUGGACGCUGGAUCAAACAACACGAUUGUGUUCUGCAUGCUUACCUGGCCUGAAAGAAGCGUGACCCUAUGCGGAAGCUCACAUGAAUUAUAUGAGAGCAGACUGGUUGGCCUGAGCGUGCGGGGAAAGACUAUUUCAGGACUACAGGAGCGUGUCAACAUCACAGUGAAUCUUGCUGGAAAUGGAACUACAACUUCAUUCAACAGAUCACUUACCGAAACCCUACAGCCCAAAUGUGUGUUCUUUAACUUUUCAACAAAGGCAUAUAGCCCCGAUGGCUGCAUAACCCUGUGGGAAUUUGGUCAGAGUCACGUCACCUGCUCCUGUGACCACCUCACAUACUUUGGCGUGCUUUUGGUUUCUGCUAACGUCUCACCUAAAGACCGGGAGAUUAUGUCAUACAUCACUCUGAUUGGCUGUAGUCUUUCUCUGUUAACCCUGAUCAUCACUGUUCUGCUCUUCAUAACAAAUAGAAAAGCCAGAGCAGAUCUCUCUAUGAAGGUCCACAUCCACCUCGUCGUUGCCCUGAUCCUGCUCAACCUGCAUUUCCUCCCCAGCCAGGCGGCAGCACAGUCCUCCACUGGCUUUUGCCUUUACAUGGCCCUUUCUCUUCACUACUCCCUGCUGGCCACACUCAUCUGGAUGGCCCUGGAGGGCUUCCACCUCUACCUUCUCUUAGUCCGAGUCUUCAACAUCUAUAUCAGGAAAUACUUGCUCAAACUCAGCGUGGUGGGUUGGGGUAUCCCAGCAGUCAUUGUGUCCCUGGUGGUCAUCAUCGACAGAAGCUCGUAUGGACCUGUAUCUCUGGACUCGGCUAACCCCAACAGCACCGCAAUAUGCUAUAUAGUCAAUGACACAGUGAAGAUGGUGACUACAGUUGGAGUGUUUUGCUUGGUGUUCAUCUUUAACGUGUUCAUGUUAGGGGUGACAGUCAGACGCGUUGUGACUCUCCGCCAGAGCAGAGAGUUUGGGCCAAGAGACCAUAACAGAGCCAAGCGAGACAUCUAUACCCUGCUGGGGGUCACCACUCUGCUCGGCAUUACCUGGGGCCUGGUCUUCUUCUCAUUUGGCUACCUGACCACUGCUGGCCUCUACCUCUUCUGCAUCCUGAACUCACUGCAAGGUUUCUUCAUCUUCCUGUGGUUUGUGAUGUCUCUGAGAAAAAUUGGAAAACCAGCUGAUAACAGGAGUAGUGAAACACGCAGCACCAACGGCUAGGCCUAAACCCAACACACCAAGACAGUUUUCCUUCUGUAUGUGCUUGUGUGUGUGUGUGUGUGUGUGUGUGUGUGUGUGUGUGUGUGUGUGUGUGUGUGUGUGUGUAUGUGUGUGUGUGUGUGGUUUGCCCUUAUUAUUUCUGCUUUAGAUCAUGUUUGAAUGUAAAACCAUGUAACAGAGAAGCAAGCAUGAUAGUUAGUGCUAGCUCAUGCAGGUGACUUUAAUAUUAGUUUUAGUGCUAUUUUUAAAAGUUUUGCCGUUAAUGUCUUACCCUGGUGUGCUAAAUGCAAAUUAUGCGUAUGCAAAUGCAUCUAAUUGCACUAAAUUGGCACACAUCCACUAUUUUGCAUUGUGUCCAGAUGAGUUGUGGGUCUGAUCUGACAUUGAUUGAGUGCUGUGAGAGAGCUCAGAUUCUCUGAGAGUGAAGAUUAUGUGUCCUGCGCCUACAGAAAAUACAUCUUUCUUUCUUUUCUUUCUUUCUUUAUUAUGGAUAGCCCCAUCUCAUUUUCAAGGGGGUUUGAUGCAUAUUGUAUUUGGAAUACUGACUGUUUUCAUCAUGCAUACAUAUUAAACUUUAUUCAUGUUUU